GCACGCACGCUCUAAAGCGGAAGCCGUUUGUUGUCAUGGUGGAGACUGAAUGACAGAGCUGGUGAAGUUGCUGAAAGUGAAGCGUCUCAGUGAAAAAGCCGAGUUCACAGCGAGAACAGACUGAGUCAAACGGAUUAAUAAAAAAUGUCUUCAGCUGAGCCCAUCAUCCGAUCGAGACAGACAGAGAAAGAAGUCAAUGGAAUCUCAACACAAGUCGUCUGUACAGAGUUCAGUAAUUACAUAUUCGUAGUUAUCACUCAGUACGGCAAAAUCGGAACUCUGAUAUCUGUCACACCUGACUCCAGGUCUAAUGAUAUCAGCACCCCGACGUUCUCCACAAAAGUGCUGCUGGGAAAAGAAGAGCCCCUGACACAUGUCUGUGCCAAACACCUGGCAACGUUUGUGUCGCAAGAAGCCAGCAACAGGCCUGUCCUGCUGGGACUGGCACUCAAGGAUUCUUCUGUAGAUGCAAUAAAACAAAUGAAAGAGAUCAUAAAAAGUUGUCAAGUCUGGUAGGAAGUCAACAAAAUGGACAUGAAGCCUGAAGGCUUGAUGAAA